CCAAUGUCCACCACAAACUGCUAACAUUACACACUUAUUUCGUACACACUAGUUACAUUGGUCGUAGAUUAUACCGCAGCUCUCGUCAGCUUAUCCAAAGUAAUCACCGACAAUGUCUGAGGAAAAAGAUGAGACGGAGGAGGUCGGCUGGUCGUCCGAUGAGGUCGACCGAAUUCUGCUGGAAACAUGCGACCAAGUCUUGUUGGUAAGAUUUAGCACGUAGUAUGAUUGUUCCAGAGCAGUACAAGCUAGAAUAAGAUGAAGAUUCUUUUGCACAACCUUCUAGCGACAAAGAACGAACCCAUAUCUGCUUAUGGAAAUGAGUCUCUGUACUUCAAUCUUCAAUUUUUACUCUUCAGUUACAUUAUUUCACUUGCACUUUCCCAUCCCACACGGCAGCCUAUCUUCACCUACUCUUCGUUUUCAGUUACACCACUUCCUUUCCUCUCCCACCUCUCCCAGAACGAAGUCUACAGUGAUGCAAUGGUACCUUCAUGGGUGAACCUGAUUUGCGAGACGGCGAUGUUCAGACUGAACGAAACUAGAAAACCGUUUAAGUGGAUAGUUUCCUGUCUUAUCAUGCAGAAAAACGGUGCUGGGGUACACGCAAGUACUGCAGCCUUUUGGGACGUGACGAAUGACGGGUUGCUAACAACGGUGUGGCCAAGAGAUAAGGGGAAAGAUCAGGGUAAUAAAACAAUUCAAGCAGUAGUGUCAGUUAUUGGGACUGAGUUUUGACGUCGAAGAUUAUUUUUGGGGUUCUUUUAUGACUUCGAAUUAGAAGAUUAGGGCGUCAUCCUGUGGUAGAAGAACGUAUAUUUCUCAUGUAGCGCGUUAACGUUUACGUUUAGCUGUAUUGAUUCCUGGGUGGAUGUAAUCUAUCAUUCGUGGUGGUGGUCAUUGUGGAUGUUUCACAAGCGAAAAGUGUUUUUUGAUCCACCAAUUUUAGAUUACAACAUGAUAAGACAACUACGUACAACUCAUACUUUCACAGAUUGAAUUCUGAUAAGAAGCGCAAAAAUUGAGCAAAUUCUAUUCGCCUAGCUGAUUUCUCCCUUUACCCUUCGCAUAAAGAACACCCUAAGCCCUACUGAGAAAACAAAGCUUUUCCAUCAAGCUGUUGUAGCACUGCACCGUUUCUGAUCGAUCCCUUCUCUCAGCUACCAAGCUGUAUCCAUGGCACACGCCUCGAGAAGGAAGUGCUACCUGCCUUUGCAAGAGGAUUAGCAACA